CACCCCCCAUAAUCCCGCUUGGUCAAGACUGCGAAGAAGGCGAAGAAGGCUCUUCGGAUUCACCACGCCCAUCUCUGUCUGUCUGUCUGUCUCUCUCUCUCGCAUUUGCCCCGCCUUCCCCUCCCUGGUUUUCCACCGUCGCUGCCAAUAUUCCGUAGCCGACUUCUUAGCAGUUGCUUUACAAAUAAUUUUACUCGUUUUCUCUUGUGAUGCGUUAAGCUUCAGGGUACUCCUAUUGGGUUUAGUUCUUCUUGUGCUAGAGUUGUAGCGAGAGCGUCAGGGAGGAAGGGUUUGCGUGCUGUGCUCGAAUGUCUGAGAUAUUGUUUGGAUUCAGCAAAGCUCUUAAGUGCAGUUCAUAGUCAUCUCCGUGCAGGAGAGUUUGGUGAAUUGGUAUGCGAAAGAAGCAGUAGUGUGUGAGAGUGUGUGCAGGACAGUGAGCAUGGUCGGUUACUGAGCGUGGAGAAUUAGAAUCCGUAGGGAUAGUCGCGUGCAGUGAAAUCAAUUAGUCACAUGUGAGACAAGAGAUCUGGUUACCUAUGGCGAUGCCGCCAAGGUUGCCGCAUCUUGUUCGCAAGGCAGUGUUGGCGAAAUGGGAGAGGCUAGUUGGCCUUGCGAUCGAGGCCGAGGAGGAGCGAACAUUGCAUGAAUCUUAUGGAGAUGGCUACGGUGAUACUUCUGUUGUGCCUCAAAUUCUGCAACAGAAAAAAAAUAUCGACGACAUCUUGCAAACGGCUCGUGAUGUGGAGCAGACAUAUCCACAAGUGGCGCGUAUCUUAUUCGAGUAUGCAUAUGCGCUAUCACAAAACCUGGAUCCACGGAGUGAAUCCAGAGGUGUUUUGCAGUUCAAGACGGGUUUGCUAUCAAUCAUUAAGCAAACUCGUGGAGAGAAAACAGAUCGUAGCCAAGAUGUAUAUAUUAUUGAAGAAUUUUACAAACAUUUAAAGAGAAAUCUUGACCAACUUGAGGAUGAGGAUUGGUUGCGGCGACAGCCUCAAUACAUUCAAAGAUCUCCGGAAGAAUGGACGGAAAUGAAAAGAAAAAUUUAUGUCACGUGUCAGAUACUGAACGAGGUGCUUGAUUUCCUGAUAAAGGAGAAUCCAGAAAUGCAGCGUCACGUUGAAUUUGAUUCCGAUUUGAAAGAGGACCUAGAGAAGACGGCUAAAAAGGUUGAGGACUACAAGCCUUACAACAUCCUACCUUUCGAGGCUCCUGGCGUGGUUAAUCCUUUUGAAAACUCUCUUGAGGUAAUGGCAGCGAUCAACACUAUUACUUUGAAUCUUCCUGACGGUUAUGAAUUUGGUGCUGACUUCACGCCGCCAAGGACAAGGAACCUGGAUAUCUUUGACUUCUUGCAAUAUGGCUUUGGAUUUCAGACUGAUAACGUCUUGAAUCAGCGAGAGCAUCUAGUUCUCCUUUUGGCCAACUCUCAAUCACACCUUGGGUCUCUUGGUAACAGAGAUUCUGAUGCAUCACUCAAGCUUGAUCAAAGUUCCAUCAUUAGUGUACAUAGUAAAUUGCUGGAAAACUAUGAACGAUGGUGCGAUUUCCUAAGGAAGGAAAAGUAUUCAAAUUUUCGUUUUCAAGAUUCUGCUGUCAUACCACAACCGCGGCUCUUGUUCUCAGCCCUGUACCUCUUGAUCUGGGGAGAGGCCUCGAACGUGCGGUUCUUGCCAGAGUGUAUCUGUUACAUCUAUCAUCACAUGGCAUAUGAAAUUUGUGCAGAAGGUACAGAUAGUUUGUCAAAGAAUGGCUUCCGUCAAAAAUCAAUAAUCCUGAGGGAUAGUGACUCAUUUUUGGAUGCGAUCAUCAAACCCAUUCAUGAGAUAGUUGCGGCGGAAGCCAAGGUUUGCAACCAUGGAAAAUCUCCACAUUCAAGGUGGCGAAAUUAUGAUGAUUUUAAUGAGUAUUUUUGGGCUCCGUUUUGCUUUGAGUUGGGGUGGCCGUGGAGGCUGAAUUCUGGAUUUUUCGUAAAGCCGAAGCAGAUCACUAAUAAGAAGACGAGCAAAUUUAAAUCCCGAGAAGCACAAGAUCAAGUUCCACUACUUUUGGAUCGAGAUCAACGUUCGGAACCAAGUCAGCGAAGGGAGAGAAAAGCAGGGAAAUCUCACUUUGUCGAGCACCGCAGCGGCCUACACUUGUAUCAUAGUUUUCACCGACUUUGGAUUUUCCUUGUUUGCAUGCUUCAGGGACUCGCAAUUUUUGCCUUCUGCGAUGCGAAGCUGAAUUCGGUCAGCAUCAAGUACAUUUUGAGCGUUGGUCCCACAUUUGUUGCCAUGAAAUUUUUACAAUCUGUGUUAGAUGUGAUAUUAAUGAUCGGAGCAUACAGAAGUACACGAGCACGCACUUUAUCAAGAAUUUGGCUGCGAUUGAUUUGGUUCGCCAGUCUCUCAGCAGCUAUUAUUAUUCUAUUUGUGAAGACAAUUCAGGAACAAGACAGUGGGUCGAAUUCGAGUACAUGGUUUAGACUUUAUUGCAUUCUCUUGAUAAUUUACGGAGGAUCACAGCUCUUUGUUGCGCUGCUGUUGAAUAUGCCUUGGCUUCGACGGCUAACUGAGAAGUACUUUAACUUUGGUCCUUUAUCGUUUUUGAAUUGGGUGCACCAGGAACGGUAUUAUGUGGGACGUGGUAUGUAUGAAAGCACUGGCGAUUAUCUCUCGUACAUUUUGUUCUGGCUGCUCGUCUUGGCUUGCAAAUUCUCCUUUAGCUAUUUCCUUCAGAUCAACACUAUGGUGAAGCCAACACGAGCCAUCAUCGACAUCAAAAAUAUCGAUUAUCGAUGGAGAGAUAUUUUCUCAAAAAGUCAUCAUAAUGCGCUUACUCUUGUUUCGUUAUGGGCUCCUGUUGUCAUGAUUUAUUUCCUGGAUCUGCAAAUUUGGUAUACGGUUAUCUCUGCACUUGUUGGAGGGCUCAAUGGAGCCAGAAUAGGACUUGGAGAGAUUCGGUCUCUUCACAUGUUGCGUACUCAUUUCUCGUCCUUGCCAUCAGCAUUUACGAAACGUCUGCAACCUAACCAACCUCAUCAAGAGUUUAUGGCUAUGAGGGAGUCAGCUGAUAUGCGCAAACCAAAGCUUGAUGCUAGACGUUUCGCUCCUAUUUGGAACGAAGUGAUCAUAUCCUUACGUGAAGAAGAUCUCAUCAGCAAUAAAGAGAGAGACUUGUUAGUCAUGCCACUUAAUAUCUCAACACCCUUGACAACAUCUUCACAACCUCUUACACUGAUUCAGUGGCCUUUGUUCUUACUAGCCAAUAAGGUUUAUGUCGCCUGUGACAUGGCGGAAGUACAUAAGCAAGCUAAUCAGGAUGACCUCUGCGAAAAAAUAGGGAAGGAUCCUUACAUGAUGUUUGCCGUACAAGAGGCUUUCUACGUGCUACGAAUAAUACUGGAGUAUCUAUUGAUGAAUGAUCAAGGGGCUCUUUGGGUGACCAAGGUCUACGAGGGUUUGGAACAGGCUAUGCAUGUUCGUCAGUUGAGGAAUAAAUUCAAUUUGAGGAAGAGCCAACUCCGCAAAUUGUUGGAUAAGGCUGCAGGGCUUACUACUGUUGUGAUCCGCGAGUCUAAAAAAAUCGAUGAUCUCGUGAAGGAAGGUGCUCUAGACGACAAAAUGAAAAAGGAAUAUACAGAAUCUCUCCGGAAAGAAUUGCUAGAUUUCUAUGACGUGGUGAUGCGCGAUUUCAUUGCCGAUUCGGAAUUGAGAAACGACGCUGAAGGUAAUUACGAGCUUCAAACUGCAAAACAGUCUGGGCGGCUGUUUUCAGAUUUGGCUUUACCUACCGAAGAAUCAAAAGCACUAGUUGAAAGACUACAUAGCAUUUUGACAUUUAAGGAAUCAGCCUUAAAUGUACCAGAGAAUCUGGAAGCUCGUCGACGAUUGGAGUUCUUCAGUAAUUCUUUGUUUAUGAGAAUGCCCAACGCACCGUCUGUUCGUAAAAUGCUUUCUUUCAGUGUUUUUACACCGUAUUAUUCGGAAGACGUGAUUUACAGUCCCCAACAGCUUGCCAAAGAAAACGAUGAUGGCAUCUCUAUGAUGUACUAUUUGAGGACAAUUGUUCCAGAUGAGUGGAAUAAUUUUUUGGAGAGGGUUUAUCCAAAGAAGGAAGACCGUGAAGCGAAAAAGGCUCUUCUGAAGACAAUCUUUCCUAAAGAGUUCAAGUUCAAGGAGAAUGAACAGCCAAGGAAACCCGAAGAUCUUAAUGAAGAUGUCAAGUUGAAGUUGCGCCUUUGGGCUUCUUAUCGAGGCCAGACCCUUGCUCGAACAGUUCGUGGAAUGAUGUAUUACAAAAGAGCUCUUGUAUUACAGUCGCAGCAAGAAGGAGCAACUGUAUCAGCAGAAGAUCUGGAACAAGGACGUCAGUAUUUGACGUCGGCUGCCUCUCAAGUUCCCGGUGUCCUGAAUGCAAGAGCUCAGGCAGAACUGAAGUUUCUUUAUGUGGUAAGUGCCCAAAUCUAUGGUGAACAAAACCAGGGAGAUAAGGGAGCUGAAGGCCGACAAAAAGCUGCUGACAUUUCGUACUUGAUGAAGACGUUUGAUUCUUUGAGAAUAUCCUACAUCCAUAAGGCUAAGGUGAAGACUGAAGGGAAGGAGGUGACUGAAUAUUAUUCAAAACUUAUGAAAGCUGAUCCUAGUGGAAAUGAUCAGGAAAUUUACUCUAUAAAAUUGCCCGGAGAAGUAAUUUUAGGGGAGGGCAAGCCUGAAAAUCAAAACCAUGCGAUUAUUUUUACUCGUGGGGAAGCCCUUCAGACUAUUGACAUGAAUCAGGAGCAUUACUUGGAAGAAACUUUCAAGAUGAGGAACCUUCUGGAAGAAUUUAAUGAAUCUAGGAGAUAUGGGCACCGAAAUCCCACCAUUCUUGGUGUUCGUGAGCAUGUGUUUACUGGAAGUGUGUCUUCUUUGGCAUGGUUCAUGUCUCUCCAGGAGCGGAGCUUCGUAACACUUGGCCAACGGGUUCUUGCAAAUCCACUCAAGGUGAGAAUGCACUAUGGACACCCGGAUGUCUUUGACCGCAUUUUCCAUAUCACAAGGGGAGGCAUCAGUAAGGCAUCGAAGCAGAUUAACCUUAGUGAAGAUAUUUUUGCAGGAUUCAAUUCUACUUUACGACUAGGGAAUGUUACCCAUCAUGAAUACAUUCAGUGUGGCAAGGGGCGAGACGUAGGCUUGAAUCAAAUUGCGGCAUUUGAAGGGAAAGUGGCCUCUGGAAACGGGGAACAAACCCUUAGUCGUGAUAUCUAUCGGUUGGGUCAACUCUUUGACUUCUUCCGGAUGCUGUCCUUCUUCUUUACAACUGUUGGUUAUUAUUUCACGACUAUGCUGACUGUUUUGACGGUCUACGUGUUUCUAUACGGCAAAGUAUAUUUGGCACUAUCAGGAGUGGACCAAAAUCUUAAAGACCAAGGUCUUUCCACUAAUGUGGCGUUGCAAUCAGCACUCGACACUCAGUUCCUUCUGCAGAUAGGUGUUUUCACUGCAGUGCCUAUGAUUAUGAACUUCGUAUUAGAGGAAGGAAUUUUGAAGGCAAUUAUAAGCUUUCUUACGAUGCAGCUUCAAUUGAGUUCGGUUUUCUUUACCUUCUCACUUGGCACACGAACGCACUACUUUGGCCGCACCAUUCUCCAUGGAGGUGCCAAGUAUGCAAGCACUGGGAGAGGGUUUGUGGUUGCACAUAUUCCAUUUGCUGAAAAUUAUCGAAUGUACUCCCGGAGCCACUUCGUAAAAGCUUUAGAGAUUAUGCUGCUGCUCAUUGUAUACCUUGCAUACGGGGCUUCAGAACGGACGACUCUCACCUACGUUCUUCUUACAUUUAGCAGUUGGUUUCUCGCCAUUUCAUGGCUGUGGGCUCCUUACAUAUUUAAUCCUUCAGGAUUUGAGUGGCAAAAGACUGUGGCCGACUUCGAUGACUGGACGAACUGGUUAUUCCACAAAGGAGGCAUCGGAGACGAGGGUAAGAAAAGUUGGGAAGUCUGGUGGCUGGAGGAGCAAGCACACAUUCAAACACCUCGAGGGCGAUUUUGGGAGAUAGUGCUCAGCUUGCGAUUCUUCUUAGUCCAGUAUGGUGUUAUAUAUGCACUUAAUGUUGUUGGUCAUGACAAAGGAUUCCGGGUCUAUGGGUUCUCUUGGUGUGUGCUGGUCGGGAUUGUACUCACAUUCAAAGUGUUUUCUAUGAACCAAAAAUCAUGGGCAAACUUUCAACUCUUUCUGCGGCUCUUUCAAAUGACGGUUUUCUUGGCCAUUAUCGGCGGUGUGAUUGUCGCUGUGGCGAUGACGGCUCUUACAAUUGGCGAUGUGUUUGCAUGUGCUUUGUCACUCAUCCCUACUGGCUGGGGCCUAAUUUCUAUCGCAAUUGCGAUUCGGCCUGUUAUGAAGCGGCUGGGUUUGUGGAAGUCGAUUCGAGCUAUAGCAAGACUUUAUGAAGCUUUCAUGGGAGCUAUUGUGUUCAUUCCCAUUGCCAUACUAUCCUGGUUUCCUUUUGUCUCAACUUUCCAAACUCGCCUUGUAUUUAAUCAGGCGUUCAGUAGGGGACUGGAGAUCUCGACGUUGUUGGCUGGAAAUAAUCCUAACAGUAAUAUGUAGUAUCGAGUUUUUACUUAACUUCGAAGCAUCCUGAUGCCAGUUCCACUGGUUGAAGUUUGGUUUUUCCGAAAUUAUGUCUUAAGCGUUCAGUAGUGUCUUCUUCUUUCUUUCUUUUUUUCUUUUUUUUCUUCCUUUCGACCCCGCGAUCUAUAUCUCUCGGUCGAUCUUUUUUUUAUUACGGCCAGAAGUUUUAUUUGGAUAUUUGGCCCCUUGAUCCCAUGUCUGUCAAGGAUAAGGACCUACACUUUCAAUGUGUGGUCCCGCUCUAUUUGUUUUCACGUUUUUAAGUUGACGUCAUAGAGGUAGACAUUAUGAGGCGUCCGAGUCUUUCAAGGAGCGCAAGGAAUUGGUAGCGUCAGAUUAGAACACCGAUGGAGGCUAUAGGGCAGUAAUUUAGAGCAAUCUACAGGAGUGGAUAGCACCUAUGUUUUUCACCAGAAAUUUUGCUUAUUGUAUGUGACACAGACAUAGCAACCAUGAUCAGUUUAGUUUUUGAUUUCGGAUAUCCCGGGCUAGUAUCUAGUUCGAGAGACCAAGUGUAUUGGAAGCUACAAUCGAUCAGUGAAUCUGUUGAUCGGAACGUCUUGUCCCCUUUCAGAUCAUUGCCUCGGUUCGAACAACAGAUUCUGCCCUGUAGCCUAUGUGAUAAGGAGCAUGCUUUCACAAAUUGAAAGGACAAGAUACUACGUUGAAAAUUAUCUGUAGCUUUCUGAGAAUCCUUGAUGUGGAAGAUGACGAUGAUUGAGUUUCCUUCA